AAAAGCAAAACAAGACAUUCCUGGAACGCAGCUCGCAACACUUUUCGGUGCAGUUUUUGGCGGUUUUUCGUUCCGGAAAGGAUGUGGAUCCGGGCUAAAAAUGGAAGAAAUCACCCUUUACGAUACAACCAAAUGCAAAACGAUAGCCCUUCCGGCCUUGGAAUGCGAUCAAAUCAUCGGGCGCGGCGAUUACCUAGAGUGUGAUGAUAAGCGAGUAUCACGAAACCACGGAACGCUACGAUUGACCAAGGAAGGGGAAGAUCCCGUUGUGCGUGUUACUGCACUGCAUCCAACCAACUUUAUAUUCUAUCGACUUAAACGGUCUGCGGGACAGCUCCGCCUGCUAAAAGACGAAAGUGUCCUUCUUAAACCGGGAGACCAGUUCGGACUUCUGCCGGAUAGCUACUGGUUUGAGAUUAAGGGAAAGGAAAGCAAUAAUGAAGAGGAUACACAACCUCUAGAAGAGCCGUUAAAUGGACAGGCAGAUACACAACCUUCCGAACAAACUUUACGGGUACGCUCGGUUGAUGAAGUGAACAGUGAAGCAAGUAACGAUUUAGAUGAUGCGCCUAACACUGCACCGAGCGCGAAACGUAAACCCGAUGAUACGGCUAAUGAUGAAACGGAAUCAGACGGGGCAAGAAAGCGAAUUUGUACGGAUGAUGGGGAUGGCCAAGUUGCAUCCACUUCGUCAACUCCUUCAACAAAUACCAACAGCACGAGUACACAAGACGUAGAUAAUCUUGUAAAAACCGUUAAAGCAGAUCCCGAUACGACGCCUUCUGCAUCGAUCGUGACGGUCGUUAAGCCCGACCCGGAUGGAACGGUUGGUGCGACGAACGAUGUGAAGCCCAUACUAUCUAGCGCACCCAGCCUUGCUGCCAAUGCAGCACCGUUACGUCCGUCUUGUGAUUUUGGGAUCCGAUGCUACCGUGCUGGCAGCGAUCAUCGGACGCAAUUUGCCCAUCCAGGCGAUCUUGAUUACAGGAGACCAAACUUUCCUCCCGCACCGCCUGGCGCACCCUUGUGUCCAUUUGGCGCAAAGUGCUAUCGACGAAAUCCGCAGCAUUUUGUAGACUUCCAGCAUCCUGAUCCGAGUUUAACAACUAAUUCACCCAGACGAAGGCCGCAAGGCGCAGCAGAAGGAUCAGCAGAACAUCGUCGUCGUCCUCCUCCUUUACUUUACUGGGAAGAAGACGACCUCGACGAGGAGGAGUCAGGAAUUGAUUUUGAUGGUUCAUCAUCGGACGAGUACGUCCCAGGACGUGAUGAUGAUGGAGACAGUGAGGAGGAAGCCAAUAGUAACGACGAUGAGAAUUUGGAAGAAUGAUCUGAACGGGAUGGUAUUUGCGUUUGAAUUAUGCGCCGCUGCUAUAAAAUUCCUUCUCAUAGAUGUGCCUCAAAUGCCGGCGAUGUGCUGAAUUGUUCUUGUAAUAAAUCGUAUUCUUAAGUUUGUGAAAUAAAAGAAGCCAGAUUGAUAAUAAUA